AAAAUACAAAUUGAUAAUAAAAUACUUAAAUGUAUCAUUCUUCUGUCAUUUGUAGACUAGUUUCGAAUAUGGUUUGUAUUAAAUUUGAACGUGUUUGAAUUUAGCAUUUAACUCAGCCAUCGAUAAGUGUAUUAUUUUGAACAAUAAUUCAAUCAAAUAACAAUAUAUUUUGAAAUUAUUUUAUUUCAUUCACUACGGUCGUGUAUUAAUCAUAUAUCAUGUCUAAUGAGUACACAGUUGGAGCAUUGUGCGAAUUGAUUGCAUCUGAUAAAAAUAUAAAGAAAACAAAAAAAGAUAAAAAGAAGAAAAAGAAUGUCGAAAAUCAACUACAAUCUGAAACAAAUUUGAAUGAUUCAUCUAAAAAUGAAAUUGUAGAAAAACCAAAGAAGAGAAAAUCAAAGGAAAAUUCAAAUGAACAAUCAAUAAAAAAGAUAAAAAAAAAAUUGAAUUCUCAACAGAUUGAAGCUGUUGACAUACAACCAGGAAUAGCUAAUGGAAAAAUUAAAAAAACUAAUAGUCAAGAAUCUUCUGUGUCAGUAAGCAGUGAUUCAAAUCUAGUUGAUGGUGACAUAAACCCAGGUGUUAUGAAUGCGUCCAAAACUUUUGAAAAAAAAUUUAAAAAAAAGAAAAACAAAAAAUCAAAGGAUAAUUCAACUACACCUAAUGAUAAAACAAGAAGAAUUGAAAAAAAAUUAACUACGACUGACUACUCAUCGGAUAUAAAAUCUUCUGAGGAUUAUACUGAAAAAGAAUCAAGAACUGUGUUUGUUGGCAAUGUUCCAGUAAAUGUUAAGAUGUCAGCAAUAAAAAAUUUAUUCAAAAAGUUUGGGGAAGUAGAAACUACUAGAUUAAGAAGUGUUGCUGUCAAAAAUCUAGAAGUGCCUAAACGUGUAUCUAUAAUGAAAGGUGAUUUUCAUCCACAGAGAGAUACUGCUAAUGUUUAUGUACGUUUCAAAACCAUCGAACAGGCACAAAAAGCAUUGGUUUUAAAUGCUACCCAGUUUGAAGGACAUACAAUAAGAGUAGAUAUGGCUUUAAAUACAGGUCAUAAGCAGAAUAUGAAAAAAGGAAUAUUUAUUGGAAAUCUUCCCUAUAGUAUUCAGGAAGAUGAAAUAUGGGACUAUUUUAAAGAUUGUGGAACAAUAUCAGCUGUGCGUAUAGUCCGUGAUAAUGCAACAGGCGUGAGCAAAGGUUUUGGAUAUGUAGAUUUUGAAACUAAAGAAUCUGUUGAGUUAGCUAUGCAAAUAAAAGGGAAAAAGGUUCAAAAUAGAGAAAUUCGCAUUAAAAGGAUUGAAACGAAAAAAAAUACUAAUAAGGUGUUCAACCAAAGACCGUCACCAUAUUUAAAAAGGACCAAACCUAUAGGUAAAAGUGGUCAAAACUUCCAAGGAGAAAUAAUGAAACCAAAAAUGAAUAAAAAGAAACAAAAACCAACAAAAACUGAUUUAAUGAGAAAGAAGAUUGCUAAAAAAUUAAAUGUUUAAUCUAAUUUGUAUUGACUAAUAAAAUUUUUUAAAUUUACAAAAGCAUAA